GAGUUGAAAAGUUUUAUUGAAAUAAAGUUUCAUUGAUGAAGAUUAAGAAAAAGUGUCCGUUUUAUUUGAUUGUCGUGAUAAUUGAUUGCACAAUUAAGGUGAGAGAGUUAAUUGUGUAAAUUGUGUGUAGAUUAAUUAACUUGUAAUGGAUAAAUUGUGAUGAUAAAGAAAGAGCAGAUGUUUAUCUUUAUCAUUUCUCUUUCUUUUUGUCAUCACAGACAAAACUGAGAAAAAGUCUUUACAACAAAUCACUUCAUUCAUUUUUAAUUUUUCCACAAUCAUUCAUCAUCUAUGAUGUAGUAUUACAAUUUAAUAUCAUCCAAGUGUAACUCCCACUUUCUCCUCCUGGACAUCAAACUUAUCAUCCUUAUCUUCAUCAUCUUAAUCCUUACAUGUAACAUUUCAAUCCUGUGUUAUCAUAUCGCCCCAUCAAUUUCAUCAUCAUUCCCUAUCAUCAUCAUCUCUCUCUUCAGCCUUUCUCUUUUUCAUUUGUCUUUCUCACUCUAUCAUCAGUCUCAUCAUCAUCAUCAUCAUCGUCUCUCUCUCUCUCUCUCUCUCUCUUCAUUUCUCAUUCCCGCUCAAUCGUUUAUCCAACAGGAUAAAUUGUCAAAUUCACUCUUUCAUUCAAUCUACUCUUUUAUUUUCUCAUCUCUCAUCUCUUACCUUUAGCUUUAAUUGUUUAUUCAAACAACAAUCAACUCACCAUGAAACUUAAUUAUCUUACCAAUUGUUACAUUAUCGUCUACCUGUUUACAAUCAAUUCUUGAAAUUUAAUUCAAUUUUUUAAGUGCUACACUUUUCCAUUCAAUUACAUUAAUCCUGUUAAUCUAAAAUCAAUCCAACCCUAAUCUUUAAGUUUCUUACAUAUUUAUUAUUUUAACCUUUAAUUAAAUUUGAUUGUUCCUCACUCACUCUAAUUGUGCUAAUUAACUAAUUAACUAAUCACCAUUGAUUCUCUACGGGAUAAAAUGGCUUUAAGCUGCGGUGCUAAAUGUGCCAAACUGUUACUAUUAAUAUUCAACGCAAUCUUCUGGUCAAGCGGAAUAAUUUUUUUCUCUCUUGGAAUAUUUUUCCUCGUAGAAGAUGAAAGGUCACUUUUAUUUGGCCUUUUCGCUAAUCAGACAACAUCUUACGCUCUUCCACAAUAUUUGGCCUGGGCUUCGAUCGCCAUUGGAUCGGCUAUUUUCAUCAUCGGUUUUUGUGGAUGUUGUGGUGCACUUAAAGAUUUACGUUUUCUAUUAAUUCUUUUCAUGGCCUUUCUUUUCAUUAUUUUCGCUCUCGAAUUAACUGUCGGAGUUUUAGCCGUUGUUUUCCAAGAAAAAGUAGUCGCUGAAUUGAAGCUUAAAUUAACGGACAAACUACAGAAACAAUAUGGUUACAAUGACGCUCUAACUGCGGCCAUCGAUUUGGCUCAAACCAAAUAUGAAUGCUGUGGAAUCGGUGGACCGGAAGACUAUCGUCUAUCUGUUUGGCGAAAUCAAUCAGUCGGUGGUCAAGGAAACACUCUGGUCAAGACUUGUUGUACUUUGAUUAACAUGAAAGAGAAACACUCUUACAUUAAUCCUCGACCAAUUGAUUACGAAAAGUGUAAAUCUAAUUUUCCAGAUACUUAUCGUCACAAUAAGGGAUGUGAAUCGGCAUUGGAAGCGUUCAUAAGAACUGAGUGUUUGGUGUUCAUUAUAAUUGGCUGCGGAUUUUCAGGAAUUACGCUUUUUGGAAUGAUUAUUUCUCUAUGUUUAUGUCGUGCUCUCGGGUCAACUUCCAGUCUCAGUGAUCGCGAGGAUACUUGAUUAACAAUUUAAUCGCAAUUAGAAAUUAUUGUUCAUUGGAUUAAAUAGAUAACAAUUAAAUGAAUUGUGUUUUUUUUCCUUCUCGCUUUUCGUCAAUUGGAUUGAACUUUUCAGGAGUGGACAACAACUACGAGACACUGAUUGGAUUGAUUAACUUAAUUGGACGGUGAAAAUUAACAAAAUUACUCAAAAUUAAAAUUACUAGAAACUUUUUUCUUCUUAGAUUACAAACUAUUAAAGAUUAAUUUAAUUGUCUUGGAUUGAUUUAACUAUUCAAUGGAUGGAAAACCAAAAUCUCUUUAAUCUCGUCUUUUAGUUUUCAUCUUUCAAUGAAAAUACUUUUUAAUUGAUAAUUUGUUCAAUGGAAAAGAGCAAUUUAAUUAAAUCUCUUGUCAAAUCAUUUAAAUGAAAAAGUGAAAUCAUCAAAAUCAAUCAUAUUAUAUCAUAUUAGUAUUGAUCAUUAGGCUAAUCAAAAUUUGCUUCUUAACAAAAUUAAUCAACAAUCAAAGAGAAACUUUAAUUUAUUUGAGCUUUUAAAUCAUAUUGAAAAAUUACUCACUGCCUGUAAUCA